CAGUAGGUUGUAUAAAAGCCUGCAGUUGGCGCACUGGUGUACCAUAUUCGUCAACAUGAAGGUAACCAGCGUGUGCAUUCUAGUUGCUGUACUUCUGUGCUCUGCCACCGUGGCCGAUGCCAUAGUCUAUUGUUAUGCAUCCACUUGCACCCAGUGUAAAAACAUCGGGGCCAAUAACUGUGGGUAUGGUACAUUGCGCUCCAAAGGAAUCUCAUGUGAUGGCCAGACGGCGAUUAAAAGCUGUGCGGACUGUAAGGUACGAGCUGGCAGAUGCGUUCAAAGUGGUAUAUUGGAGUGUUAUUUGUGAACGGGAUUGCACGGAUUUCGGGAUCGAGACUUCGCUUUGCGAUACAUUUCCAGCUUGAUAUGCGAAACAGCAGCUACGAAUCUUAAUCGACCCUUUUAGAAUUAUGUUGGCACGAGUGCUUGAAUAAAAAAAAAAAGAGAAUCAUUCA